AGAAUGGUUUCACACUAGGCUGUAGGAUGUACAAUUUGAAUUAAGAAUACGCAUGCGCUCCUUGCAUUUAAAGUAGACUCAUCCUGUCCGAGUUUCACCAGCGGGGUAUUGGACGUAGGUGUUGUUCUCCUUACAUGCUAUUCUCUGUCGGGACACCAAGAAAUGUCUUGAAAUUUUAAAUGACUUGAGCGCUUUUAAAGAACAGCCAGUUGUAGCCAAUGUUGGCUAGAUGUUGCAAGAUAAAUUCAUUUACUCUCCAAGGGGGAAUUAAAACAGCAGAAGAAAAUGUUUGAGACUUUCAGAGAGAGACUGCAGACGGUGCAGCAGGACUUCACAACAGGGUUUAAAACCCUGAGUGACAAAUCCAAGGAGGCUAAAGUGAAGAAGAAGCAGAGAAAAGAGGAGCAUCUCCCUCAGUAUUCAGCAGGAGUGGAACUGCUAAGCCGGUAUGAAGACACGUGGGUGAACCUCCAUAAACGAGCAAAAGAAUGUGCCAAAGCUGCAGAGACUGUGGAUGGGGAGGUGGUGAUGCUGUCAGCACACUGGGAGAGAAGACGUGGAGCACUGCUGGAGCUCCAAGAACAACUCCAGCAGAUCCCAGCCUUUCUUACAGAUCUGGAGACUAUCACCUCCCGCACGGCCCAACUGGAGGCGGACUUUGAGGAGAUGGAGAGCCGUCUGAUGUACCUCGAGAAUUUGUGCGGCCAGUGUGACCAGCAACGCUUCAAGCACUUUCAGCUCCUGCAGCUGGAGAACUACAAAAAGAAGAAGAGGAAAGAACUGGAAGCCCUCAAAGCGGAGCUGGACACUGAGCAUGCUCAGAAGGUGCUGGAGAUGGAGCAUGCCCAGCAGGUGAAGCUGAAAGAAAGGCAGAAGUACUUUGAAGAGGCUUUUCAGCAGGAUAUGGAGCAGUACCUCUCUACAGGCUACCUACAGAUCGCAGACCGCAGGGAUCCAAUAGGCAGCAUGUCCUCUAUGGAGGUGAACGUGGACAUGCUGGAGCAGAUGGAUCUCACAGACGUUUCGGACCACGAGGCGCUCGACGUCUUCCUUAACUCCGGAGGGGAGGAUAACAGCGCCGGCUCGCCCACGGCAGGUACGUCCGCCCGACACGGAGCGUCCGCUCCAGCAGAGAUGAGUCUGAAGGUACCCUCACAGGCUGACGCGCGGCACAACCUCACCUCCCUGUCCUCCACCUGCACUGACACGUUCAGCGGAGAGACCGAGGGGCCCGACGAGGAGGACCCCAGCGACGAGAGCGCAGGAGACUCACCCCUCGUCCAGUCAGACGAAGAGGAGGUGCAGGCUGACACUGCGCUCAUGGUCCUUCCCGAAACGGAGGAGCUCCUCAAGAACUCCGACGACAGUGACACACUCGCCCACUAGAGGCCCCCCCCCCCUGCAGGCAGAACAGGGUAUAGCACAAGGCUAAAAUUAGGAUGAUCAGUUUAAAGUCUAGGUCCUGUUGUAAUGGACAUGAAUGGGCCAGAGUGGAGGAGCAUGGCUUCUUUAUAGCUGAGCGUGGAAUCACAAGAAUCGAGGUCAGCUUGGAAUUCAUGAGCACACUGAUCGAGCGUUUCUUAAAGUCGGCUCGGAGCUCCGAGGAA